AUGGGCGGAUGGAAAUUGGAGGCUGGCCGAUUCAUGAUUCUGGUCGGUUUCCCUGUGGCGGCGUUUUGGGCCUUCAACCAAACUGGCGUCUUCUCUUUUUUUGUAGGUUUCUUGACUUUCUCCCCGGUGACUCAUGUUUUCUCUCCAUGUUUAGAUGAAAGGUUACCAAAUCCCUUAUAAUGAAGAAUCAGAAGAACGGGCUCGGAAAUGGAAAGAAGAAUUAGGUGAGCAGCGACGUCGAGAACAAUAUGAGAAACUCCUCAGGGAACAAAUGGCAUUCGAGGAGUCGCGGAAGCUGAGGGAACAACACGGAAUCUGA